UGAUUAACCCAUUUAUUGAUAUAACAGUGGGUGAUAAACGUGGAUGAGGUAAGGUUUUGCAUAAAUAUCUGAUAGGUUUAACCAGAAUAUUAAUAUAAGUUAAUAUCACUCAACUAAGGCUUUGCUUUGUCCUUGUUCUUGAGUCCAUUGGUAAAGGCUAGACAGAGGUGCAUACAGUCAAUGACAAUGGAUAUAAUAAUUUUAUUCUUCUUAGCCUAUACUAUCAAGCCCAGUUGGGCGGCAGAUUGGUGCUACCAGUCGCAGGUGUCAUGUAACGGGACAUGCAGGGGCCCCGACGAUUGGCCCUUGGUCGCUCGGCAUUGCAGUGGAAGAAACCAGUCUCCUGUGAAUAUUGUCACAAGGACAACGCUUCCCGAUGAAAGGCUGGUUCCGUUACAACUCAUCAACUAUCAGAAAAUGUUCAGAGGUCGCAUCAUAAACAACGGACAUACCGUUCAACUAGAUCUACCCUCAAAUGUAAAGAUCCAAGGCGGAAAGCUGGCAGGGCCAUAUAAGGCCUUGCAGCUCCACUUCCACUGGGGGAAAGAUGGAGGCCCAGGGUCCGAGCAUACUAUUGAUGGAGAACGGUUCCCCAUGGAGAUGCACAUUGUCCAUAUAAAGGAAGAAUAUGAUACUUUGGACCAAGCUGUGGCAGACGACACAGGCGUGGCAGUUCUUGGGUUUUUCUUUCAGGAAUCUCCAACUCUGAAUAAGCAAUACGAACCCAUCAUAUCGGCCCUGAAAGACCUAAACCAUAAAGCGAGCAACAGCACGAUUGGCGGCGUGUCACUGGGCCGGCUCGUGCCACCGGAGGAGACUCUCGAACACUACUUCCGUUACCAGGGCUCGCUCACCACGCCGCACUGUGACGAGUCCGUCGUGUGGACGCUGUUUGAAACCCCCGUUCCGCUAAGCAGGAAACAGCUCUCUGCGUUCUGCGGUCUUCGGUCUCCCCGUGGGACGCGCAUGGUGAACACCUACCGGCCAGAGCAGCCGCUGAACGGGAGGAAGGUGUAUUACUCCGGCGGGGGCCUGCCUCUGCUUAACACCGCCCUGCUCAUCUGCUCUGUGUUGAUAUCCAGUGGACCCUCACUGCACAGCGAGAGCUGAACGUAAACACCUGUCCUGUGCAAACAAUAGCAUAGGCCUGCUGAAUAUUUAUCUAGGAUAAUGAAUAAAUGUAUAUUUAAA